AGAUUACAGCUAUCUGCUAAACCAUCCCGUUUGAAGAAUUCUUACUGUGCUUUUUAAAAUAAAACGUUUUUGUGCUUCGGGAAAGUUUGCUCUUUUUGUAUUUAAGUUUUAAUUACUUAAUGCUUGAAAUUGAACACCCAAGGAGUUUUUAGGGGAGAGAGAGGAUUUAACAAAAUAGGCCCAGCCAAUGCAUCUGUCAUCGUGGAAACGUGUAUUGUGUCAUGACACUUAAGACACUUGUUUUUCUAUUUCUGUUAAAGUAAACCAUCUUCGAAUACACUGAUGUUUUCUGUAAACAUAAAUAGUUUCAACAUGAAUGCAUUUCAAUUUUUUUGUAUAGUGGGAAUAUCAUGUAUAAUUUUCUCUGGGUCAACAAAACCAGAUUUAUUUACUAAAUAGAAUAUCCGUCCUCAAAAAUGUAUAGCAGACCAGAAAUACGUGGAAUGCUAUUUUAAAUAAGCCAAAAGUGUAUUAUAAAAUUAAUUUAAUACUACUUAAAUGAAGAGAGAGAAAAAGACAAGAAAAAAUCCAGCUGUUCAGACAUUGGUGAGUAUGUCUCACAAUCCAAGUCAGCCUUCCUCAUCAGAGUUGGUGGAACUUCAUGUUUUUUAUGUCCCUGAAGGAUCGUGGAACUAUAAGUUAAAUACUAUUUCAAUAGAAGUUAUUAACAAAUUUAUUUCUGCUGGAUUUAUAAGAGUAUCUCCUCAACUUACUUUGCAAGCCCUGAGGUUGCGCCUUGGUGAGUUCCUUGGUGAAGAUGCUGUUGCAGAAAAAUUUUUAUUCCUGAAAUGCAUUGGAAAUAAUUUAGCUGUGGUGAAAGAAAAGCAAGAACCAGAACUGAAACUCAAAUCAUUUGCUCCUCCAUACGCUCUUCAACCAGAAUUAUAUUUGCUUCCUGUAAUGGACCAUUUAGGAAAUGUUUAUUCAGCAUCAUCAUCAGUUACUUUAGAUGGGCAGCAGACUAAUAGUGAUAUUGCUGAAAUUGAUGGAACAAUCCAUAGACCAGUUAGUGAAACUUUGUCAAAGGAAGAACUUGGAAAGGAUCCCAAUUUCUUAGAAAACACUUUGAAAGACCUUAUUAACACGAAUCAGGAAGAAGCUGAGGAAAUAGCCACUCCUAAAGAAAGCCCGAUUGUAAAAUAUCACAUUGGAAAUUCUGAGUUACCAGGAUCAUUGGAAAAUUCAAAUGAUUAUUUUACCAACAAAAAAAGUCAGUUUCUUUGGAAAAAUGAAGAAGAUACAACCAACAGUAGAAGACAGGACAGUCAGACAGGUGAAAAGGAUCGAAUCACCCUACCAGACCUUACUGAUUUUCCUUGUCAACCUGUUCUUUCUUCAGGAAUACCUGAUAUACCUCUGUUAAAGAUCGAGAGAGAGAAGAUUAUUGAGCAAAUGAAACAAGUAAAGGAAGAAAGAAGAUAUCUGGAAAGAAUUAGAGAUGAACUAAUAAAAAAAGUUGAAAAGCUGUUUGAUCAAAGCAAAGGGAAACGAUAUCAUGCUUUUGAUGGUUGGAAGAAAAAAUACUUGGAAACAAAAAAAGUCACAGCAUCACUGGAAGAGGUUUUAACAAAACUUCGAGAUGAUUUGGAACUCUAUUAUAAAAAACUGCUCAUGCAACUUGAAGCCAGGGAGAUCAAGAUGAGACCAAAGAAUUUGGCAAAUAUCACAGACUCUAAGAAUAACCUUAUAAUCCAGAUCACUGAAGUACAGCAUGCAAUUGACCAACUUAAAAGAAAAUUGGAUACUGAUAAAAUGAAACUCAUCAUAGAAGUUAAGAUGAGAAAACAAGCAGCUUCAGACUUACGAACACUGAAAGCUGAAAUGGCACAGAAGAAAACCAAUACAUCUUCACAAUCUCAAUCAGUUCCUGGAAGUGUGCCUAGCUAGGAGCUUACCAGAUGGGUUUUUUAAAAGAUGAAUCAGCCAAAUCAAAAGCUAAAUGACAAGAAAACCCUGCAAAGCUUCUUAAAUCUGAGUGUGGGUCCUAUGCCUAGAGAUUCUCAUUCACUAGUUCUGUUUGGGGUCCAGGAGUAUGAAUUUAAAACAAGAGCUCCAGGUAAUAUAAUAAAUUCAAGAUCUUCACAUAAUUUGCGAAAACAAGUUGGCAUUAUCUCGUAAACUUGAAGAAUCACAUACUGUAGACCCAGCAGCUUCAUCGUCUCCCAUGGUACAAGUAUCUUCAUAGUCCUGAGAAGACAACUGGAUGGGCCCAAAAGGCUUUUCCUCUCCUUUUGUUAACUAGGAAGAGAACUGGCUCAGCAGAUCUGAAUUAGGUCGGCCGAUUCCAGCUGAUGAGUUCUGGAAGCUUCCCCUUUUUAACAAAGCUCCUUUGGGAAGGGCUCACAAAGCUUCCAUUGUUACAUCAUGGUGUAAUUUUCCUAAGUAUGCAGCCGGUGGAGUUGGAAAUUACCUUUCUUCUUGAACUUUGAUCAUGGCAAGUACAGACAUCUGUGCUCAACCUACAUUGUGGUACAAUGAAAGCUUAGAGAAAUAUGCAUGGUAUACUAAAUCUCUAAUUGGAAAAAAAUUCCCCCUAAUGAAUCCUAUCUCAUAUUUGUACUGCUAAGCCUCAAGAAUGGGAGUCAUACCCUUUUGCCUUACAGCUCUUCUGUUUGUUGUAGCAAAAAAAACUUGAAAAAACCCAAAUGCCCAUCGACAGGGCAUAGAUAUGCUGUGAUAUAUUCAUACAAUGGAAUGAAAUACAGCAAUGAAAAGGAAUAAAUUAAAGCCAUAGGCAUCAAUAUAAAUGAAUCUUAGAAAUAUGAUUAGAAAAAUCAUGCUGUCGAAGAAUACCAACAAUACAAUACUGUUUAUAUAAAAUUAAAGUUCCAAACCAUAUAUCAGAGACCCUUACAUAUGGGGGAAACCAUAAAGGGAAUGACAGACACAAAAUCAUGGCAGUGAUUUUUUGGUGAGGGUUGGGAGUUAGGGUGAUGGAGUUGUAUGGAAGGCAGAUGCACAUGAGGGCAAUUAAAGCUAUUGGUACUUUAUUUAUAUGAAUUAAGCAUUCAAUUUAUAGAGAUUUCUCUAUUGCUAUCCUUCAUAAUUUACAUUUAUGAUGUUUUUCAUGUCUUAAACAUUUUAUAAAUUUUAAGUAUGAAAAAGAGAGAUGUAGCUCAGUUUAUUUCCUCAGCUGGAGAAGCAGGAGGAAUUCCUAGUUAGCAUUCCUUUACACUUUCUUGGGCAGAAAUAAUUGUCAUAGCUGGAAUAUGGUUUGUCCACCAGAGGUUCAUAUGUGAGAAGCUUGGUCCCCAGCACUGCAAUGUUAAGGUGGUGGAUCUUUUAAGCAGUGAGGACUAUUCAAGGUAGUUGGGUCAUGAGGCACCACCCAUGGAAAAGAUUAAUGCUUGUCUCAUGGAGCAAAUUGAUUCUUGGGAGAGCAGGUUGUUAUAAAACAAGGCCACCCCAUAUGAUUGGUCCUUUCUGCAUGAAGUGCAUUCCCUUUCCAUUUCUCUACCACAUUGUGAUGCAUCCAGAGGGAUCCUUUUCAGAAUGACAGCACCAUGGUGUUUGGACCCUCCAGCCACCCGAAUUGUGAACCAAAUAAACCUCUCUACUUCAUAAGUUA